UGCUGAAGGGGGGGGGGGGUCCCCGGGUCAGUUAGUGCGAGUCUCUAGCGUGCGGCUCAGCAGGGGCAUUAACAGCUACAGGACCGGUGUUACAAUUAAAAGAAACCGAUUCCAAAAAUUAAGGACAACCCGUUUAUUAUUUACUGCCGCAAACAGAGCUUUGGAGAAGGGUUUCCGGUCCUUUUUUAUUUUAUUACAGUUUAUAUAAAAAAAAAAUACAUGUCCUUUAAUAACGACUGCUGGAGCAUUAGUCCUAACAACGAGGUGGAAGCGCCGCUUUCCGGUGGUCGUGUAGCUGUGCGUUUCCUUUCAUAAUAAAGCGGCCGGGCGGAGAAGCGUUUUAAGCGGUGGCUACAGCGGCGCCUUCCCCAGCGACACUGGAAGUCCGCAAGCGACCCAACAGCGGCGGCGGGCCGGCUAAGCUGGGGGUGCCCCCCGACACAGACGGAGCCGGGGCGGUCAGGGAACUGCAGAGGAGCAGAGAGGCGGCGAACAUGGACGGACUCACAGUGGAGGUCCGCGGGUCCAACGGGGCCUUUUAUAAGGGAUUUAUUAAAGACAUCAAUGAAGAUUCAGUCACAAUUGUUUUUGAGAACAACUGGCAGCCCGAGAGACAGCUUCCCUUCAGUGAUGUGCGACUACCGCCCCCUGCUGACUAUAACAAAGAUAUCAUCGAGGGAGAGGAGGUGGAGGUGUACUCCAGAGCCAAUGAGCACGAGCCCUGUGGCUGGUGGCUGGCCCGGGUUCGAAUGAUGAAGGGAGAGUUUUAUGUAAUCGAAUACGCCGCCUGUGACGCCACCUACAAUGAGAUUGUGACUCUGGAGCGAAUCCGACCGCUCAACCCCAACAGCUCUGCGAGCUCCGGCAGCUUCCACAAAGUGACCAUCCCGGUGCCAGAGGACCUGCGGGAGACCUGUGCAAACGACUCCAUACACAAAGACUUCAGGAAAGCUAUUGGAGCAAACUGUAUCUUCUACAGCGCCCCCAGCCAUGAGCUCAUUGUCCUGUCCACGAAUGAGUCUACAGUGAAGCGAGCGUCCCUCCUGAGUGACAUGCAUUUCCGAAGCAUUCGAACCAAACUCAUGCUCAUGUCCCGAAAUGAAGAGGCAACCAAACAUUUAGAGACGAGUAAGCAGCUGGCCUCGGCAUUCCAGGAGGAGUUUCAUGUUCGGGAGGACCUGAUGGGCCUGGCGAUCGGCACGCACGGAGCCAACAUCCAGCAGGCCAGGAAAGUGCCAGGGGUGACGGCCAUCGAGCUGGAGGAAGAGAGUUGCACCUUCCGCAUCUACGGAGAGACUCCCGAAGCAGUGAAGCAGGCUCGAGUUUAUCUGGAGUUUGGAGAGGAUUUUGUCCAAGUGCCCCGCACCCUUGUCGGCAAGGUGAUUGGGAAGAACGGGAAAGUGAUCCAGGAGAUCGUGGAUAAGUCUGGGGUGGUGCGCGUCCGAAUUGAAGGAGACAAUGACAAAAAACUCCCCCGUGAGGAGGUAGGCAGGCUUGCAGCAGGCGGCUGCCCUAAAGAAGAGGGUAUGGUACCAUUUAUCUUCGUGGGCACCAAGGAGAACAUCAGCAAUGCCCAGGCUCUACUGGAGUACCACCUUGCCUACCUGCAGGAAGUGGAGCAGCUACGUCUGGAGCGUUUGCAGAUUGAUGAGCAGCUGCGUCAGAUUGGAGUGGGGUUCCGCGCACCCCCGAGCCGGGGGGAGAGAGGGGCAGGAGGGGACAGGGAGAGGGGCUACCUGACUGACGAAAGCAACUCCUCCCUCCACGGGACACGCACCUACGGGGGGCGGGGCAGGGGCCGGCGCACUGCCCCGAACCACAACUCGGGAUACGGUACAAACUCUGAGCUGUCCAACGCCUCCGAGUCUGAGGAGGUGAGUGAGAGGGAGCAGCGUCCUCGCGGAGCAGGAGAGGAGAGACCCAGACGAGGAGGGAGGGGUCGAGGAGCCACACCCCCAGGGAGGGGCCGGGGAGGACCAGUUAACCGCCCACACAACAGCACCAUCAGCUCCGUGCUGAGGGACCCGGACAGUAACCCCUACUCCCUGCUGGACAGUGCAGUGGAGACUGACCAGACGGCUGACACAGACGCCAGUGAGAGCCAGGCCAGCGCGGAGAGGCGCCGCAAGUCUCGUCGCCGCCGCACCGACCAGGAGCCAAGCGUGAUGGACGGAGCGGCCGAGUCGGACUGCCUGUCCGUCAGCGAGAACGGCCUGGAAGAGGACAGCAAACCCCAGCGUCGAAACCGCAGCCGCCGCCGUCGUAACCGUGGCAGCCAUGUGGACGGGGGCUCUGCCAGCAGAGACCGCCAAUCCGUGACGGUCGCAGACUACAUCUCUCGUGCAGAGUCUCAGAGCCGACAGACCCUUCCUCAGAAAGGGCCGGUGGAGAGGAGCCUAGGAGAGACCCCGGCCUCGACUGCAGCAGGCAAGCCCCAGGAAAAUGGGGACAGCAGAAGCAGUGACAAGAUAGCGGAGAGCUCUAAGAAAGGCCGCAGCGAUGACGUCCCUAAAACUGAGCAGCCAGCUCUGGUCAACGGGGUCUCCUAAAACAGCACGGGGUCGCGACCCCACAACCCUGUCUCCUUGGCGACCUUACAGUCCUGCUUGCAUUAGGGUUAAUGGAAUAAAACAAUUAAACAUGAAACGAUACGAAACACAACUACUUACACGUACACAACCAUGUUCCACUAUAUCUAAAUAUCUAUCUAUAAGAAACAAACCUUUAGCGAUCUCUAUCUUAUCUAUCAGUACUAGUGCUUAUUUAACUAGCUUGCCAAAAGAGCUGAUGGAUAUGUUUUGGUGUUUAAAAUACUUAAACAUAAUGUGACGUUUUUUACCGGACCGGACUUUUUAGCCACGCUCCCUUAGGAGGUGAGUGUGGAGGGAAUGGGGGCUAACCGCUUGACAGCGCUAAAUCAAGGGAAGCGGAGGCUAUAGAAAAUAAAAAAUACAACUGAUGUCCGAACCUCCUUUUGGUUUUGACGCAAAAAAGAAAAAAUAAUUCCGAAAUUAAAAUAAAAAAUUUGAAAAAAAUA